AUGGCUCAUUCAUUUCAACACGGAUAUCUACGCAACCCAACAAGGAAAAUAGUCCAUGCAUUCGUGUCGAAGCUAAUACUGUAUCUCUGCAUACCGUUAGUAUUGGGACAGAGACAGCCUGGACUGUCAUUCUCAACUACUGUAUCUAGUGCAAUAUCGCAACCAUCCACCAUCAGGUUACCUACUGCCACUUCUGUAGCUUCAUCUACUUCUUCCCCACAACCAUCUCCACCUGCACCAUGCAUUGCAGGAAAUAAUGUCGGUUCAUUUUAUAUUUUCUCACCCAAUACUUCUAGCUAUUUGUUUGCUGGACAGCAGCUAAACAUCACGUUUGCAUUUUCUUCUGCUGUAACCAUCUUCCCUGUCGAAAUUCAAGUAAAGUAUGCAUCUGCACUGAGCUCAGAUCAAUGGAAAAAUACCGAUACUACUUUCAAGCUUUCCUCAGCAAGGCCAUCACUAUCCAACAUCACAACAAACUCUACACUUGCAACAACACAAUCUUUAUAUACGAUCCCCUUUUCAAUCCCCAAAUCCAUCUCAGAUGGAACAUACUUUCUUCGGCUUGUUCCUGAUAACAAGGAAAUCAUUGGUGUGAGUGUGACACAGCUACCAUGCUUUGCAAAUGGAAUGGUUAUGCCAACUACAUCGGCCAAAUUCAUUGUGUUGCAGCCAGUAUCGCUUGUGGCAUAUCCAGAUACAUUUGGUCCAAAUUCUAUUACAUCGAGUGGAAAUGCACAUCAGUAUAGUAUUACUUCACAUGCAUAUUUAUUGUGGAUAUGUGCUGGUUUACUCUGGAUUACCAGAUCUGUACUUUAGACUUUUCAUUUCUUUGGGACUCUCAGCUUAAAACUAUUUAUUCAAGUGAAAUUCCAAACCUUUACUAUUUUGAACAUACUGUUUAGUUUUAAUAAACUAUUUCAUAAAAUGAUAUAUA